AUGUGUAUUCUUUACGUGAAGAGACACCUCAGCCGGUGCGGCGAGUCAUGUUACGACAAAUAUCCGCGUGGCGGUCGCAAGGCACGGGCCAACGAGUAUCGCCGUGGCACGGCGGCAGAGUACUGGAAUGAGCGCGCGUGCGUGCUCCCGGCGCGCCCCGCGCUCCCGGCCCGCGCCCGCGCCCGCGCCCCGCGCCCCGCGCGCCACGCGUAUCGACACCGGCCGCCAACCACCGCAGCGGCCGGCGCGGCCCGCGCCUGCCACGCGCGCGUCACGCUGCGCCGCUGCACGCCCGCACCGUCGCACCGCCGCACUGUCACACGCAACCCCCAACACACUACUUCCUAG